AUGGAAAUCCCAAUCCCUCAGCACUGGAAGCAUCUGUGGGAGACAUGGGAUCUCCGGUGCUUCAUUCUCUUAAGCCUCUCACUGCAGACCUUUUUAAUUUUGUUUGCCCCCUGGAGAAAGCGAACGGCCAGCGGUUGGAUAAUCAUGCCUCUUUGGUCAGCAUACUUGCUCGCCGAUUGGGCUGCUGCCUUUGCAGUGGGACUCAUCUCCAGCAGCCAAGGCAAAUCAACUGGUUCUGAUGAUAACAAUACUGACCUUCUGGCAUUUUGGGCUCCUUUUCUUCUGGUGCACCUUGGUGGCCCUGAUAGUAUAACUGCUUUUGCUUUGGAGGAUAAUGAGCUGUGGCUGAGGCAUCUGCUUGGGCUAUUAGUACAGUGCCUUGCCGCUGUCUAUGUUUUCUUUCAAUCACUUCCCGAAAACAAGCUAUGGAUCCCAACAACUCUCAUGCUUUUUGCUGGAGUCAUCAAAUAUGCUGAGCGGACGCGGUCACUAUAUCUCGCAAGCAUGGAUAGCUUCCGAGACUCCAUGAAUACAGAGCCUAACCCUGGGCCUAACUAUGCCAAGCUCAUGGAUGAAUACUCCUCCAAGAAAGAGGCAAGGCUACCAACACGGAUAGAAAUGCUUCCAGAACCUGAUAGAGAAACCAAAGCUGUCAAUAAAGUCAAAGAAGGUCCAUUGACAGAUUUGGAGAUGGUGCACCAUGCUUACCGAUUUUUCGAAACUUUCAAGGGGCUAAUUGUUGAUCUCAUAUUCAGCUUCCGUGAGCGCAAUCAAAGCCGGGAGUUCUUCCUCGAGAGAUCAGCAAAAGAUGCUUUUAAAGUGGUAGAGGUUGAACUCAAUUUCAUCUAUGAAGUCCUCUACACCAAGGUCAGUGUGGUGCAUAGUACAUUAGGAUUCAUUUGUCGGUUAUUUUCAUUCGGUUCAGUUGCUUCAGCCCUUGCACUCUUCUUUUACGAGAAGAAGCACACUUUCAAACAGGUUGAUAUUGGGAUUACUUACACCCUGCUACUUGGUGCCAUUGCCUUAGAUGCCAUUGCUCUCCUCAUGUUUCUAAUCUCCGAUAGGACUUUUGUUGCACUAUAUAAAUUACUUGAAACUAACACUGGCAAAAACCCAAUAAAAUAUCUUCUCGGCUGUUUUGGUUGGUUAUUGCAUUUCAAGAGACGCAGGUGGUCUGAGUCUAUUUCAACUUACAACUUGAUAUAUUACUGUUUGCAUCCACGCCGGGAAGUGAAAGACAAAUUGGUUGGCUAUUUGGGCCUUAGCAACUUUCUUGAUGGGUUGAAGUAUGUGGGAAGCAAGCCAUUUAAUGAUGAAUUAAGAGAACACAUCUUCAGUGAGUUGUUAGCAAAAUCUGAGAUAGCAGAUGAUUUAGAAACUGCUAAGGAGAUAUGUUCAUCCAGAGGUGAUUGGAUUCUUCGAGUUGAAAAUCGGGUCAAAAAUUGCAACCGCUUCCUCCCUUGGAUCCUUGACGUUGACUACGAUGAGAGCCUUCUUUUGUGGCACAUCGCCACCGAACUCUGCUAUAGAGAGGGUCCAAACAAGGAUCGAAACGAGGUUCCAAACAAGGAUGGAAACGAGGAACAAAAGAAGGAUUUUCGUGAAAUUUCCAAGCUCCUCUCAGAUUACAUGAUGUAUCUUCUAGUUAUGCAGCCUUCAAUGAUGUCUGCAGUGGCAGGUAUUGGGCAAAUAAGAUUCCGAGAUACCUGUGCUGAGGCCAAGAAGUUCUUUGGAACAGGAAACUCCAGAGGGAGACAGAAUGAAGCAAAUAUCUGUGAACUUAUCGUUUACGUAAUUUUAAGUUUUUUCAAAUAUCUUCUUCUAUUUUUCAUUCUUCCUCCCAUUCUAUUUUUCGAUGCUGUUGAGAAACCCUUUCGUGGAGCAAAAGCAGAACAGGGACAAGGACUGCUUUUAGCCUACCCAUGUUAUCUCCGAGUCAUGAAAUUCUUUGGAAAAGAGAAAUUAGAUUGGGUUGAACAACAGAAAGAUGCCUGCCGAAAGAUCCUUGCUGUUAAUACAGAAGUAAAACCUGUUACUGUUAAGGGGGAUAGAAGCAAAUCUGUGUUGUUCGACGCGUGCCUCCUGGCCAAAGAAUUGAAGGAGUUAGAAGGGAAAGAUGGUGAACCCGACAAAUGGGAAAUAAUGAGCAAAGUUUGGGUGGAAUUGCUGUCUUAUGCUGCCUGUCAUUGCAGAGCAAAUGCGCACGCUGCACAACUGAGCAGUGGUGGACAGCUUAUCAGUGUGGUGUGGUUAUUGAUGGCUCAUCUUGGCUUGGGUGAUCAGUUCCAAAUAAAUGAAGGCAAUGCUAGGGCUAAACUAAUUGUGGAGAAGUAG